CGGGCCGCCUUCAGUUAGCGACCGGCUCUGGGAGUGGGCUACGGUCUUGGGGAGUACGAACGGGAGCCAGUGAGCGCGUCAGCGGAGUCAUUUCUCGUCAGGAGUCUUCAGGUAUCGAAGGUCCGCCCCCGGACCGAACUUGUCGACGCCUCUCGUCCCCUCCCAGCUUCCGAACGGGAGUCGGGCUCUCUCCCCUCACGUCCGAGGCAGCCCUGCGAAAGAAAGGAAGGCAGGAUGGAGUUCAAACUGGAGGCGCAUCGUAUCGUCAGCAUCUCCUUGGGCAAGAUCUACAACUCGCGGGUCCAGCGCGGAGGCAUCAAACUGCACAAGAACCUGCUGGUCUCGCUGGUCCUGCGCAGCGCCCGCCAGGUCUACCUGAGUGACCCGUGCCCGGGCCUCUACCUGGCCGGACCCGCGGGGAGCCUGGCGGCGGCGCCGCCGCAGCAGCUCGGGGAGCCGGCGGCCGGGCCUCCCGCGGGCUGGGGGGAGCCGCCCCCGCCGGCCGCCCGCGCCUCCUGGCCUGAGACCGAGCCGCAGCCGGAGCGCCCGGCCGGCCCGGCCCCGCCGCGGGUGGGCGCCGCGGAGCCCGCGGCCCCGCGGCCGGGCGCCGGGGACGCUCUCCGCGCCGGAGAGGCGGAGGAGGCGGAAGCUGCCUGGCGCCGCGUGGAGGGACCGCGCGCGGCGACGGAGGGAGGAGCCGGGGUCGUCGCGGGAGCCGCGGACCGCUGCCCCGAGGGGCCCCGCGGGGCGCGCCGCCGCUGCGGCUGCCCGCCAGCAGGGGAGGACCGGCCGGGGGCACCGGGCGCCUGCCCCCGAGUUGACUGCCGCUGCGCGCCGCGGCCGGCCGAGGACGAGCCCCCGGCACCGCCAGCCGUCGGCCCCCGGAAGCGCGGCGCGGCGGGCGUGGGUGGCGGCCCCGCGGGCGGCCCGGCGCCCGGCUCGAGCCCGCUGAAGAAGCCGCGCCGGAACUCGGAGGAGCAGCCGGGCGGGGCGGCGACGGAGGAGGAGGAGGAGGAGAUGGAGACCGGUAACGUGGCUAACCUCAUUAGCAUCUUCGGUUCCAGCUUCUCGGGACUCUUGCGGAAAAGCCCCGGGGGCGGCCGGGAGGAAGCCGAGGGAGAGGAGAGCGGUCCGGAAGCCGCCGAGCCCGGGCAGAUCUGCUGCGAUAAGCCGGUGCUGAGAGACAUUAACCCUUGGAGCACAGCCAUCGUGGCCUUCUGAGCCCCCGGGUCCCGUUCGGAAGGAGGUUGAGCGGCGGGGGGCCCCGACGUGGGGCCGCGAGGACGGCCCGGAGACCGCAGGCGCUGGGCGCGUUGCGGGGACCGUGGGUGCCGCCGGGCAGCACUGACUGCCCUCGGGCUCGACGGCCUUCCCCCCCUGGAGGCUCGUCGGAAGAGGACGAUCGUUAACUUUUGUGUGUAGUGUUCUGUCUGUGUACGUACGUCUGUCUUGUUGAAUUAAGACCAUUUUGUCCUUCUGGAAUGCACCACCCCUUUCCCAGGGCUGAGGAGAUCGGGGGCAGACGGGGACUUUCCUCCGCCGGCAGCAGCGAGAAGGAAGCGGCGGAGAAGGCCGGGGCUGGGGAGUUCCCCUUUCGUGCUCGGGGGCGGAAGGGACUUUACACACGCCCCUCACAUGAAAGCUAGCCCCGCACCGGGGCCGGGAGUGGCAUUUCCUCACAGGAUUUCCUAAGACUAGAGGGAUUUAGUCUGGAGCAGAGACCUGUAUUAUUUCGCUCUCCCCACCUUUCUGUCUCCCUGAAGAAACUUCCGUACCCUGUGAUUACUCUGGGAAAAGGGAAUCUGAGCGGCUCUUGUCUUCCCCACAGGGAAAGAGGGGGGAAAAAAAAAAAGCUUGAUGAACUUCACAGAAGAGUUCAAGCUUGGAAAUACGGAGUUUAUAGAGAAUAUAUCUAUUUUUAAAAGCUCUAGAUCAGAACUACUACACAGUGCUUUUAAAAAGUGUUUAAUGAAACAGAGUUUACAGACAGAAGCCCUAAGUGGAAAGACCUUAUGGUUUUGUAGAUACGGUGACUCCAGUCUUUGUUGUAUAAAGGUUGGGGGAGCUGACAAGGUUUUUGUACAGUAUUUUCUCCUUCGUUGUAUUGAUUUUUGUAUAAAAAUGUAACUUUACGUGUCUAACACGUAUUAAAUAUUUUGAAGCAA